UUUCCGGUCGAAGCCAGAUGUAAGAGUGGGCGGGAAGGAAUGAGGUAGAACUUGCCGAGGUUGAGGCUGAGUUGUGGUCGGGGAGGCGCCGCGACUCUCGGGGCGUUUUAAGUUGUAUUUGAUUUCGCUUUAAUUGCCUGACGGAACGGAGGGAGGGCCUGAGGCCUAGUCGGUUGCCAUGGCGACGGCGAGGCCUGCCGACCCCAGCAGGGCUGCUGUUGUUGUUGACAAGGCGGCUUUGGGCCCUAUACUCCGUCCCUGCCUCUGAGGGGCCCCUCUCCUUCGGGGCUGGGGCUCCUCGGCGUCCCCUUCUUCGCCUGCCUUCUUUGGCCAUGCGGCGCCCCUGACUUCUAGGUCUGCCCACCAUGGAGAAGAGAUUGGAGGACAACUUUGGCAUCAGCUCUCUGAACAUAUUGGGAGGCUUCCUCACAAAAGCUGCCAGGUGUCUGGGCCAUCUUCAUUGGUUCUACAUGUGUGCCUGCCUCAGUGCCCUCUUGUCUUAUACAGAUGCAAGCUGGAGCAGAAGCACAUGCCAGCCAACGCGGCUUCUGCACGGGGCCCAUUUGAGGUCAUUCGGUGGGGUUCACCUGCAGCUGCUAGAAGGAUUUCACUCUGUCCAGUCUUGUGAAGCCGCUUGCUGUCAAAGCUCCUCCUGUAAUGCCUUUUGGCUCUUGGGGAAGAUGUGUAUCCAGGUGAACUGCACCAAGCCUCAUCAUUGUCAAGCUACCUGGACUGACAGCAUCGACUCCAUCUUGGUGUUUGUAACAAAGUCUGAGCACACAAUAGAUCCCCAGCUUGUGCAGGAGAGGAGAGCUCACCUUCCGACGUGGUUGGACUGGACAGGGAGGCCUCAGAGUAAAGCAAGGCUACGAAGGUCCCUCAAAGAGUUACCUGUUCAGAGACCGCAACUGGCAAGUGCUGGGGGAAGCUCUUUAAAGAGAGACACAGGCCCCAGCGGUGGGAGUCCUGCAAUCCACCCAGUUCCACCUCAGCCCUUGGAUAGUAAAUCUACCCCUCAGGAUGUUGCAGAGCCUCAGUCUUCAGCUCAAGAAGCAAAUCAUCUCCCAGACCACAUUAAUCCAGAGAAAAACCCGUGGACAAACAGUGAAGAUCCAAGAAAGACAAAACCUCCAAGCCCACUUUCUCCCAUCAGCAAUAAUGUGAGCAGAUCAAGUGACCUCACUGGGAGUGGCUCUGUGGGGGAUCCUGAGGAAGAGCCUACACCAGAACCUUCUCUAGCAGCUACAUCUCCCAUCCCACUUGGGAACUCUGAUCAAGCAAAGCCACCCAGCAACACUUCCGUCCAGCCUUUCCCCUUGGAGGAGGCCCUUCCAACUUCUAGUAACUUUCAGGCAAAGGAUGCUGGGAAGGUACAGCAAGUUACUUCUGUUCCAACAGGCCCCCCCACAAACAGUAACGUUACUGCGGUCCCAGCCAAUCCUGCCGUUCUACCCAGCACUGCUGCCCCAACGCCAGUUAUUAAGAAACUGGCAGUUUCUGCUGGAGACAGUGUCCAGGUAACUCUGCCAAAGAAUGAAGUGGAGCUAAAUGCGUAUGUCUUGCCUCCACCUCCUAAAGGAACCAGCUACUCCUAUGACUGGAGGCUGAUCACGCACCCCACAGACUAUAGCGGGGAGAUGGAAGGCCAGCACUCCCAGAUCCUCAAGUUAUCUAAGCUCACAGUGGGACUGUAUGAAUUCAAUGUGAUAGUAGAUGGCGAUAAUGCACACGGAGAAGGAAUGGUGAAUGUGACGGUUAAACCAGAACCUCGAGUAAAUCAGCCACCUGUGGCCAUUGCGUCUCCCCAAUUCCUGGAGAUCUCGCUGCCAACCACCUCUACAGUCAUCGAUGGCAGCCAAAGUACUGAUGAUGACAAAAUAGUCAGUUACCACUGGGAAGAGCUGAAAGGGCCACUUCGAGAGGAGAAGGUAUCUGCAGACACUCCCAUUCUGAAAUUGACCAACUUGGUACCAGGCAAUUACACAUUCAGUCUCACAGUGGUGGAUUCAGAUGGUGCCAGCAACUCCACCACUGCCAGCCUCACUGUGAACAAAGCAGUAGAUUAUCCACCUGUGGCAAACGCAGGCCCUAACCAAGUGAUCACCCUGCCCCAAAACUCUAUCACCUUGUAUGGGAACCAGAGCACAGAUGACCAUGGCAUUGUGAGCUACGAAUGGUCCCUCAGCCCCAACAGCAAAGGGAAGGUGGUAGAGAUGCAGGGCGUGAGGACCUCAACCUUGCAGCUCUCCGCAAUGCGUGAAGGUGACUACACCUACCAGCUGACGGUGACAGAUUCUGCUGGCCACCAGUCCACUGCCGAAGUCACGGUGAUUGUGCAACCUGAAAACAAUAAACCUCCCAAGGCUGAUGCUGGCCCAGACAAGGAGUUGACCCUCCCUGUAGACAGCACCACAUUGGAUGGUAGCAAGAGCUCUGAUGACCAGAAGAUUGUCUCCUUCCUUUGGGAAAAAACACGCGGUCCAGAUGGUGUGAAACUGGAGAAUGCCAACAGCAGCAUAGCCACAGUUAUGGGGCUCGAGGUCGGCACAUAUGAAUUCACAUUGACUGUCAAAGAUGAGCGGAACCUGCAGAGCCGGAGCUCCGUUAAUGUUAUUGUCAGGGAAGAGAUAAAUAAACCGCCGGUGGCAAAGGUUGCUGGCAAUGUUGUCAUUACCCUUCCUACCAAUACCGCAGAGCUGGAUGGGUCCAGAUCUACAGACGAUAAGGGGAUUGUCACUUACCUGUGGACCCGGGAUGAGGGCAGUCCUGCAGCUGGGGAGGUGUUAAAUAAUUCAGACCACCAUCCAGUGCUUUUCCUCUCCAACCUGGUAGAGGGAAUAUAUACGUUCCACCUGAAAGUGACUGAUGCCAAAGGCGAGAAUGAUAUGGAGAGGGCCACAGUGGAAGUCAAACCUGAUCCAAGGAAGAAUAAUCUUGUGGAGAUGAUACUUGAUGUGAAUGUCAGCCAGCUGACAGAACGGCAGAAGGGCAUGUUCAUCCGUCAGAUUGGUGUUUUGCUCGGGGUCUUGGAUUCAGACAUCACCGUCCAAAAGAUCCAACCUUACACUGAACAGAGCACAAAGAUGGUUUUCUAUGUGUGGAAUCAGCCACCUCACCAGCUCUUCAAAGGGCACGACGUUGCAUGGACGCUCAAGAACGAGUUACGGAAGCAACAGUCUGGCUUCCUGAUCUUCCGGGCACUGGAGAUCAAUACAGUCACAUGCCAGCUGAACUGUUCAGAUCAUGGACACUGCAACUCCUUCACCAAGCGCUGUGUCUGUGAUCCUUUCUGGAUGGAGAACUUCAUCAAAGUGCAGAUGGGUGAUGGCGAGAGCAACUGUGAAUGGAGCGUGCUCUAUGUUGUCAUUGCAUCGUUUGUCAUUGUGGUCUCGGUUGGGAUUUUCUCUUGGUUGCUGAUCUGCUGCUUCAAGAGCCUGUUGCUUUCCCUUUUUUGUUUGUCUCCCCUAAGACGUAAAGGGAAACCCAAAAGGAAGAGCAAAUACAAGAUAUUGGAUGCCACGGAUCAAGAGAGCCUGGAGUUAAAACCAAAUCCCAAAGCAGGCAGCAAACAGAAAUGUCAGGCCCAGAACACUAGCCUGAUGCAUUCUGAAUCGGAGCUGGACAGUGACGAAGCCAUCUUCACGUGGCCGGAUCGAGACAAGGGAAAACUGCUACACAGCCAGAAUGGCUUCCUGCACAAUGGGCAGGCGACAGCCAAGCCAAAGAACCAGCGGGAGGAGAUCCUAUAGCUGUGGGGCGAGGGGGAGCCUGCUGCUCAUGAAGGUUCAGCUGACGACCCAGAAGGCCAGCCUGCUCCUCGGACGCUUGUGAGGACAGCUCUGGAGGCCCGCUGUGUUCUCUGAAGGAUACUGCUGCUAACGUAUUAUGUGAAGACUACCUUUUGUUUACUGCUAGUCUUUGGGAAAAAAAUUCCCCCAAAUCUUAACUGUCUGUACUUGAAAUUGGAUUUCAAGGGAAAUUCUGUCAAAAAAGAAGCUGUGAAACAGAGACUGCAGGAUCAGCACUGGCUCUGAAAGGCUGCAGGACCUCAAACCACGGCUGUGAGAAAAGCGCAAGCUUUGCCCAGACUGCAAAAUGGACACCCUGCAGUCCACCUCAAAAUGUGUUUGCCAUGGGGCUAGCACUCAUCACCACUCACCUUCCUGUGCAAGAGGGAAAGGUUUAGUUUGCAAGGACCCGCAGCUUGGCUCUUCUCUUCCCUGAAAGCCAAGAAGCCUCAGACUGCUCUUUUAAAAGCACUCGCUCCAACUGCAGGAAGAUGCUGUUGGAUGCUCCUCUUUCUCUCUCUCUCUUCCCUCUUUCUGGGGGGAAAAAGGCCAAGCAUUAUCAUCUGCAGCACAAGGGGCAAAACUGCCUUUUGGCCACGUUUAUGAUUGUAAAGGGUUUACUUUUAUUUUUAAAUUAUUGUUAGUCUUGCCACUGGUGGGAACAGAGGGGAUUGCCUCAGUGUCUUGAUUCCUCCAAUCCUUGCCCUGUUCCCCAACACUGUGGCUUGAUACUGAAAGCCUUCCUCCUUAGUAGUCAAUAACACAGGAGGACACUAAAUUCCUCUUCUUGUUCAAAAAUAACUAAUAUGCUGUAUGUCUCACAAAACUCUUUGCACAAGGUGUAGGUGGGGUUGAGGGGUAGGAGUCAAUGACAGAUAUGGCCAGAUUGAGUCCUUUGAUCCUCAGUAGAUGGAUGCCUACUCUUCACUCCCAUUCCCCAUCCCUGCACCUCUUUGUCUGUUAGUGCAUCUUUGUUGUGUGCUUCUCACAGGGAAAGUCGGUUGUCCAGUGUCACAGAGGUUCCUUAAACCUUCCUUUUACUCAAAAGCACUACAGGAGCCUCCACUGAGAGCCUCUCUUUACAGAGAUGGAAAGUUUCCUCACUAUACAAACACCAGCUCCCCUCCCCGUUUUGAGCCAAUGGAAGCUACGUAGUUGUGCGAUCAUUGUGUGUGUGAUUUUUCUCUCCCUUCUCUUGCCACCUCCCAUCUUCCCUUGGCUUCACACUCGAAAAGUAGCUUGUCUCUUUUUGUCUUUCUAAAGGUGAGCACACCUGAAGCCAGCACUCCCUUCCUUUUGCUCCUUCUCCCGGUCAAUGUUGUCAGUGUCCCAUGGGCAACCCUGCCAGUUGCUUGUGCUUCAAUAUGUGGGCCUAUACAUUUACAGACUGGAAUUUCUCAAGUGCUCACCAGUUCACAGCCAGUUGGCAGAACCAGCUCCGGCUCAUGUACUCUUGGAUCUGGCCUUCCAAAGUUUGGCAGACCCAAACCUGAAGGUUUAUGAUACUCAUUUUAGCCCUUUUAUCAGAAUAACUGACUGGGGGAAAGGGACAUCAGGAAGAUGAAGAUGCUAUACACAUUUUAGACGCUCCAAAUCAAUGACUUUUGGGGGGUGUGGAAAGGGGGGAAAUUAAAAUAAAAGCAAUCUCUGAGAAGUUAGAAGCUGAGCAUCCUUACUUGAGAUGAAAAACAGCUUUUCCCCAGGCUCUGUUUACUACUGAUUUGUUGCACUACUGAUUUGUUGAAGGUGAUGAAGAAUAAAAUGUGACUCAGUUCACAGGGGCAUCUCUCCCCUUCAAUUGUAAA